AUGGCAGCCGAACUGAAGGCUGAGAUUGAGGCGCUCGUUGCAAAGAUCUCUGACAAGUCAGAAGGUCAAUCUGCUCUUGAGGGCUUGGCCAAGAUCGCUGAGGAGAAAGGCCGGCCGGCCGAGCCCUUCCUGGUGUCCGCCUUUCCAAAGAUCCUGGAGGCUUCCAAUGAUAAGUCCAAGAACGUGAAAGAUGCAGCUGUGGCCACCAGCAAGACCAUCAUGGGUAUGGUCUCGCCCUUCGCAGUGGAGAUGCUGCUGCCAGCCUUCUUGAACGGCUUGGCAGUGAAGGCUAAACCACCACAGAAGGAGGCCACCUUGCAGAUCAUCUCUGCCUUGGCUCAGAAGGCACCUCGAGCCGUUGGCUACUUGCUGGUGAAUUUGGUGAGCCCAGUGGCUGACCUGACGUGUGACAUCAAGAAGGAAGUGAAGCAAGCAGCCCUGGAAUGCAUGACUUCCAUUUGCAACUGCACUGGUAACAAGGACUUGGAGCCUUUUCUGCCAGCAGUGGUGGAUGCUGCUUCCUCCAUCGACAAGACUCACAGCUGCGUGGAGAAGUUGGCAGGAUGCAUCUUCGUGAAGCGCACCUGCUGUCAGAUCGUUGACAACAUGUGCAAGUUGGUGGAGGAUCCUGCAGAGGUGCUGCCCUUGAUGCCCAAGCUGGAGCCUUUGGUGAAGAAUGUGUGUGAGAAGAUUUCCGACCCCGAAGCCCGAGGAGUGGCUGAGAAGGCCUACAAGACCUUGCAGAAGGCGGCUGGAGAGGGAGCUGAAUCCAUUCAACAGGUCUCCAUGGAAGCCGCUAAGAAGCAGGUCGAAGAUGCCCUUGGUGACAAGAAGGGCUCGGGAGAGGUCUAUGAGGCUGAGCUGAGCCACGUGUCAGCUCUGGCAGCUUGUGCUGCAAAUAUGCGGGUGUUUGAAGACUCUGCAUGGAAGAAUGAUGUGGGCUACUUGGCCCCCUUCGAUAGUGUCACUGAGCAGCUUCGUGCGAAGAUGGAGGUGGCUGCCAAGCCCAAGGAGGAAGUGGAAGAGGAAGACACCGAGGGUGUAGACCUGUACAAGGGUGCUUUCUCUUUGGCCUACGGAACUUUGACACUGCUGCGGGAUGCCAAGAUGCACGUGAAGAGGAAUCGAUUCUAUGGCCUUUUGGGCCCGAACCAGUGCGGCAAGACCACGCUCAUGCGUGCCAUCGCCAAUGAACAGUUGGAGGGCUUCCCAAAGCGAGAUGAGCUGAAGAGCGUCUUUGUGGAGCAUGAGAUUGAGGAUGAGGAGGUGGGUGUGCAGGAUGAUGGAUUUCCCAUCCUCUCAGUGGACAAGCCGGGUUGGUGGUGGGUGGUUCACACCUGCAACGACGUUUACAAGCUGGAGCCUCCGGUGAAGGAAGACACCGUGAAGGAGCUGAUGAAGUCCAUUGGUUUCGGCUACCCAGGCGGCCCAGAUCGUGCUGCCAACCUGGAGCUGCCUGUGACAUCCUACUCAGGGGGCUGGAAGAUGAAGAUGCAGCUGUGCGCUGCUCAGCUGAUGAAUGCAGAUGUCUUGAUGUUGGAUGAGCCCACGGGUCACUUGGAUGUGGACAACAUCAAGUGGUUGGAAGAUUGGUUGGAGUCCUUCUCGGGUUCCAUCAUUUGCACUUCUCACUUCAGCCCCUUCCUGGACAAGAUGUGCACACACAUUAUCGAUUUCCAGGACAGAAAGCUCAAGACCUUCAAGGGGGUGAAGGGAACUUGCUUGACUCAGUUCGUGGAGAAGUACCCUGAGAAGAAGGCAUACUUUGAGAUCAGCAACGAGACCAUGAAGUUUGUUUUUCCAGAGCCCGGCCCCUUGGAAGGCGUGAAGAGCCGCAGCAAGGUCAUCCUCCGCAUGAACAACGUGAGCUUUACCUAUCCUACCAAGGAAAAGCCGACCAUCAUGGACGUAAGGAAAUCCACUGCUAUCAAGGUCUUGGUGGGAGAGCAGCUGCCAACUGAGGGCUCAAUUUGGAAAGCACAGGGCCUGCGAUUGGCCUACGUGGCUCAGCAUGCCUUCCAUCACUUGGAGAAGCACAUGCAGGAGACCCCUACGGCAUACAUCAUGUGGCGUUUCGCGGGAAACGAUGACCGUGAAUCCUUGGAGUUCAAGACUGAUGAGUUGUCCGUAGAUGAAGAGAAGGCUCGUUCCCAGAAGUGGUGCAUUGACAGCGUCACCGGAAAUGUGCGACGCUGCACGGAUCCCAAGGAGGAUGCCAAAAAAGCUAAGCAGGAUGAAGCUGGGGCCGUUAUUCCCGAUGCCAUCGUGAACAGGCGUCAGAAGAAGAAGGAGAAGACCUUCGAAUACGAGGUGAAGUGGCAGUUCAAGAGCAUGGAUCAGAACGUCUGGGUCGAGAAGGACAUCCUGGUGAAGAUGGGCUACCUCAAGUUGGUGCAACGAGAAGAUGAGCGACAAGCAGCCAUGGCUGGGUUGAUGACGAAGCAAUUGACUCAGCCGGGAGUCGAGAAGCACCUGGCCGACUUCGGAGUGGAUGCUGAGAGUGCCUCUCACACUCAGAUCAACCAGCUUUCAGGUGGCAUGAAGGUGAAAGUGGUCUUGGCUGCAGCCAUGUGGCAAAAUCCCCACGUCUUGAUCUUGGACGAGCCCACCAACUACUUGGACCGUGAGGGUUUGGGAGCGUUGGUCUUGGCCAUCAAGGACUACAAGGGUGGUGUGCUGAUCAUCUCCCACAACAAAGAGUUCUGCGACAAUGUGGCCACUGAGAAGUGGAUCAUGCAAGGUGGGCGCUUGCGCAUUGAAGGUGAGUCUGUGGACACCUCCAAAGAUGACGCAAGUGCCGCGCAAGGUCCAGAUGAGGUCUUUGAUGGAGCAGGGAACAAGAUUGAGGUGAAGAAGAGCAUGACCAUGACUGAGAAGGACAAGAAAAAAGGCAAUCAAGGACAUCGAGAAGAAGAUCAAGGAUGGCAAGAAGAAGCAGACCUUGACUGACGAAGAGGUGUGGGAGCUGGAGGACAAGCUGAAUGAGCUGAAGGAAAGCUUGAAGGGCAAGGAGUGAGUGCACUGAGCACAUCUGAGAACUAGAUCUCUAGCCGCUGUGUGCUGUUUUCGGCCACAUGGGCGAUGAUUGUGUCGCUCUGUCGAGGGUCCCUGGUCCCUGACUUGGUGAAAGCUUCUGAAAGCACCAAGAGCUGAAGCUGCGGAACGGGGACAC